CGCCAUGCACACUCCCCAACCACAGCAACCAAGCAGCAGCAAGCUCGAGCUACUAGCUAGCUACACUAGCUCGAUUAGUUGCAGCAAUGGCGGCGAAGGCGGCGCUUGUGCUGGCGGUGAGCCUCCUGGUGGUGGCCAUGGCCGUGGCCUGCCCGGACUGCCCUUCGCCGAAGCCACCGGCGCCGAGGCCGAAGCCGCCGACGCCUCACUACGGCGGCGGGUCGUCGUGCCCGCGCGACGCGCUGAAGCUGCACGUGUGCGCCAACGUGCUGGGCCUCGUCAAGGCCAAGGUCGGCGCCGUGUCGCCGUACGAGCCCUGCUGCUCGCUGCUCGACGGCCUCGUCGACCUCGACGCCGCCGUCUGCCUCUGCACCGCCAUCAAGGCCAACGUGCUGGGCAUCAAGCUCAACCUCCCCAUCGACCUCAGCCUCAUCCUCAACAACUGCGGCAAGAUCUGCCCAUCCGACUACCAGUGCGUGCACUAGAUCGAGAUCUAGAGAGCUAGUGUUGCACUUGAUCACUCCAUGGCUGGGAGUACCGUAUCUUCAUGUUGUUUUUACCCCCAAUAUCUUGAUGUGUUGUUAAUUUCUUGCUUUUUUUUUCUUUUGAUUCUAUGGUUCGUGAUCCGUUGGUAGCGCUAUGAUCAUUGUAUUUUUUUUUGUUUCUCAUGAUUUGUUAUAGUUUCGUCAAUAAAAUGGAAAUGUAUUUUUUUGUCGCAUAUAUGCAAUGGUCAGAGAUUGGAACUCUAA